CUUUCUCUGCUGAUAGGACACUCUGCCAGCCACUCAAAGCUAGCAAACGUUAUCCACAGUAGUGUAACUGGUUGCACCAAAAACAGAGCAAACCCCCUGCAGUUCCAAAGCCAUGGAGUCAAUUGGUUGCCCAUCAUCCCCGUCUCUUCCUCCCCAUUCUUUCCUCAGUCACCACUCCGCCAAACCAAGAAGAAGAAGAAGUGCACAGCUUCUCCUUCUAACAAAGUCACCAAAACACAGACAUAACCUUCUCUUCCUUGCAGUAUCUCCCACUCAGCAAGCUCUCAGCAACAGUCUCAAUGCAGCUGCCACCUCCCCAGCAGCAGCAGGUGACUUGUCGGUCCUCGUUCCGAUCAGUGCCCUGCUGUUGUCCAUCUACUGGGUUGCUAAUUUCAUCGUUCCGGGGAUGAUAACUAAGGAGCUUCAAUCUGCGACCUCAGAACAAGAAGCGGGCACCGAGGAAGAGAAGGAAGAAGGCAUGGUCGAACCACCAACCCUGAAGAUAAAGAAAAGCCGAGGCAUGAGGAAGACAACUACGCUACUCUGAAACACUUGGGAGGACAAUGCAGUCUCAAAUAUAUCCAUACAUACAUGAAACCAGCAUCAAGUUUGUAUUGAACUCUGUUUCCUGAAUUUGUUUCUUUUCCUUUGAACAAUGCAUAAAUAUAUGUAUAUAUUGCCAAUGUUUGCAGCAAUGCAGUCUGAUAAGAAAGCUUUUCUUAGAAAAAAGAAAUAAUAUUAAAUAAAUAAAAAUUAUAUAUAUAUAUAUAUGAUGCUUAGAUGUUAAUUUAAAUUUGAGAUAUAUUAUUUAUAUAAUAAUAUAUUAAUAAAUUCGGAUAUUUCGAGAGAGAGAGAGCAAAAGGAGGCUAAUUUGAACCCCCAUUUUUAGUAUCAUUCUAACAAACAUAUGCACAACGCAAAAAGAGCUGUAAACAAUGACGGCCGGAUUCAAACACUGCCAACGGCUGCUGUUCUCAACUUCCUCCACGGCGUCUUCUUCUCUCCGUUCUCUGCCACCGUCUCUCUCCAUCCCAACCCUCAAAUCCCAGCAGCAGCAGCAGCAGAUCAACGACCUCAUCAGCAGCCUCUGCAAGCAGAAGCGCUACCGAGAAGCACUCCGCACCUUCCACUCUCUCCCACCCCCCUCUCCCCACCUCCACCUAUACCCCUCCACCUACGCCCACCUCUUCCUCGCCUGCUCCCACCUUCGAUCCCUUCCCGACGCACGUCUCCUCCACCGUCACCUCGCCGCCUCCCCCGCCCCUCCCGACGUCGUCCUCCACAACCACAUUCUCAACACUUAUGGCAAAUGCGGCUCGCCUGAUGACGCCCGCCGCCUGUUCGACGCAAUGCCCGACAGGAACCUCGUCUCUUGGACUUCGAUGAUCUCCGGCUGCUCGCAGAACGGCAGGGACCUUGAAGCCGUCGAGUUGUAUCUUGGGGUGCUCCGCUCGGGGUUGCACCCAGAUCAGUUCGCGCUGGGCAGCGUCGUCAGAGCAGGCUCCGGCUUGGGCGACGUCGAACUGGGAAAGCAACUGCAUUGCCAUGCGUUGAAGUCGGAGAGCGGGACAGAUCGUAUUGUACAGAACGCACUCGUCACGAUGUAUGCAAGGUUGGAUAGGAUUGACGAUGCUGCUAUUGUGUUUGAGAGGAUUGCAGAGAAAGAUGUGAUUUCAUGGGGCUCAAUGAUUGCCGGCUUUUCUAAGCAGGGUCAUGAACUGGAAGCUCUGCACCUUUUCAAGGAGAUGAUCAGUUCAGGUGUUCACUGCCCCAACGAGUUCCAUUUCGGUAGUGGAUUCAGUGCUUGUGGCGAUAUAGGUAUAAUAGAGUAUGGAGAGCAAAUGCAUGGUCUUUGUACUAAGUUUGGGCUCCAAAGUAAUGAAUUUGCUGGGUGUUCACUAAGUGACAUGUAUGCUAGGUGUGGAAUGCUAGAUUGUGCGAAGAAGGCCUUCAGUGAAAUAGAAAUGCCUGAUCUAGUUUCGUGGAAUUCAAUAUUGUGUGGUUUCUCUUCUCUUGGUCUAUCGAAUGAAGUGAUGUUAUUGUUCUCUGAGAUGAGAGAUUCAGGUGUGCAGCCUGAUGACAUCACCAUCUGCUGCUUGCUUUGUGCUUGUACUGGCUGUGAUUCUUUUCAAAAGGGGCAACUGGUCCAUUCUUAUUCAGUGAAAAUGGGUUGGAAGACAAAUAUUGCUGUUUCUAACGCUCUUCUUAUGAUGUACACUAAAUGCUCAGAUCUGUCCGUUGCACUCAAUUUCUUCGAAGACACGAGGGAUCGAGAUAUUGUUUCUUGGAACACAGUUCUUUCUGCAUGCUUGCAGCACCACCAACCUGAAGAAGUCUUUACGUUCAUAAAACUCAUGCAGAAUCUGGACUACAGGUUUGAUCAGAUCACUUUAAAUGCUAUACUCAGUGCUUGUGGUGACUUGGCCUACUUGGAAAUGGGGAAUCAGGUUCAUGCCUAUGCCAUGAAAGUUGGACUGGAGGUUGACAUAAUGGUCCGCAAUGGUGUAAUUGACACUUAUGCAAAAUGUGGUAACCUAGGGGAUGCAAGAAAGUUAUUUGAGUUGAUGGAUGAUAAAUAUGAUGUGUUCCCAUGGAGCAGCUUGAUUCUUGGAUAUGCUCAACUGGGGUAUGCAAAAGAAUCUCUUGAGCUGUUCAUGUGCAUGCAAAGUUCGGGCAUUAAGCCAAAUCAUGUUACAUAUGUUGGGGUUCUUACAGCUUGUGGUCAUGUUGGAUUGGUAGAUAAAGGGCUAUAUUACUACCAAAUGAUGGAAGCUGAACACGGAGUUGUCCCUACAAGAGAGCACUGUUCAUGUGUGAUUGAUUUACUAGCUCGUGCUGGUAGAUUAAAUGAGGCUGAAAAUUUUAUCGAUCAAAUGCCUUUUGAACCUGAUAUUGUGAUGUGGAAGUCUAUCCUAGCCGCAUGCAGGAUGCACAAUAAUGUGGAAAUUGGAAGGAGAGCAGCAGAAAAUAUACUAGAUAUUGAUCCUCAAAAUUCUGCAGCUUAUGUUUUAUUAUGCAACAUCUAUGCUUCCUCUGGCCAUUGGGAUGAUUUUGCAAGACUAAGAAAGAUGAUGAAAAGUAACAGUGUGAAAAAGUCACCUGGAAAGAGCUGGAUCAAGGUAAAGGGAAAUGUGCAUGUCUUCAUAGUGGAAGAUAGGUCACACCAUGAAUCUAGAGGUAUAUAUGAAAUGCUAGAACUUUUGGAAUUAGAGAUGCUGGAUGCUAGCUAUGAUCCCAAACCGUCACUUGCAUAAAUAAAUUUAAGCAUCCAAAAGACAGAACCUGCCGCCAAAACAUAUAAAUGUGGUGAUCACCACAUCAUGAUGUGGAAUCAUAUUUGUUGAGAUAACUGGUGUACUUGAGAACAUGGUAUUUUAUGAAGCUGAAACCAGAUUUAGCAACCAGUACAAUCUCAAGUUCCUCGGUUGGGUCUUAGAAUCUCUUGAACUUGAUGAAUGAUGCUGCAAAUUUUCAUUCCAGAUACAGUAAUAGCAUUCUCCCUGAUUUGUCAUGAAGGCCAGGAAGUUUCAGUGCCGAACCACUCCAUGGAUCUGUUCAGAAUGAAAGAUUAAUCUAUUAUCUAACCACCUGGAGGCUUAUAUGGUUCUUGCAACAGAUCCAUUUGCAUCUGCGAAUGCACAAGAGCAUUCUGAUUCCUGAAGACAAUACCACCAUCACUACCUCGAGCAGCUGCGUCAUCAACAGAAGCACAGCAAAACUUACAGUACCAGCACCAACAUGCAAAAUAUGAUCCAAGAGCACCAGAACUUCCACUGCUGUUAGAAUUAUGGAAAGGCCAUUAACACAAGAUCAAGAAGCUCUCAGAUACCCUCAGUGCGACUCAUUGGGUACUAUGUUCUGCUAGUACAAGGACUGCAGCCUCUGGCAGCUGCGCCCUUCCACAAGGAAGCAAAUGCCAUUAAACUCACGGUGUCGCCCUGGAACAUUCCGGUCGGCAGCAGAUGUAGGAAGAACAAGCGCAUCAAGAGGGGGGGAGCGACCGUGUUCGUGGCACCCGAUCAAACCUGUUCAUCUGACUCUUCUAUUUUGCUAAUUCCAAAGAACGGGUGUGAUAUACAAGUAUAUUUUAAGAAUCAUGUGUGGGUUAUUCCAAUUGUGUUCUUAAUGCGGCCUGGUUAUUUACAUUGUAGAGUUAAAAUGAA